UCGCCAUUAACAUCAAUCGUCAACAUGACCAUGUGCGUUGCGUCUGCUGUUGUGAUGUUACGGUCCCUGAUAUCGUGAUCGUACGUCUGAAUUCGCUCAGCGCGAAUGGUGUGAGCUUUAAAUGCUUUGUGUCCUGUAUGUCGGUUAUAGUAAAGGAACUUUUAGACAUUAUACCACAUACUAUACGACGGACAGCGUUGCGAGCGCAGCUCCAAUCGCGGCUCUGUAGCAUGUCAAACCAAGUGCAAUCGUCCGCAGAUGAAUGCGGCAUAAAAACUAACGCCCAUAGAAAAUUCUAUGAUUUGUCAGAGGCCUACGCUGUAAAUUCAUUUAGCAAAGAUGCCAAGACAAAAAAGCUUGUCGGUGAUGAGCAGUUCAUGGAGUACAUCAAUGCUAACGUUAUCGGUAAAGACGCUACCUUUCUGGGUCCUUACGGUCGUCGAAGAGUUGUGUACUGCGAUCAUACAGCGUCAGGGAGGUCGCUCACUUUCAUCGAAGACUUCAUUCGCAGCGAAGUGUUGCCUAUGUACGGCAACACGCACACUACCACAUCUGUUACUGCCCUUCAGACUACGAUGUUUAGACACGAAGCAAGAGACAUUGUACGAGCCAGCGUGAAUGCAAGUGAAGGCGACUCUGUCAUAUUUGUGGGCACGGGCACUACUGGUGCUGUACACAAACUCAUCUCGGCUUUGUCCCUCACUGCACCACCUGUGGUUUUUGUAGACACAUUUGCACAUCACUCUCUUCUCCUUCCUUGGAGAGAAGUGGGAGCCAAGAUUGUGAGUGUACCCGAGACGGUUGAGGGAAUUUUGGACAUCUCAUUUCUUGAGGAGAAGCUUAAGCAAUAUGCUGAAGACAAGGAGGGACUUUUGAUUGGGUGUUUCACGGCGGCAUCCAAUAUUACUGGCAUCCUGUUAGAUGACAUAAAAAUCACAGCCCUGCUGCAUGCCUAUGGCGCCCUUGCAUUCUGGGAUUAUGCAUCUGCGGCACCUUAUGUAGAUGUUGACAUGAAUCCAGUCGUUCCUGGCGUUGAACAGGGACUGGCAUAUAAAGACGCCAUUUUCAUGUCACCCCACAAGUUUAUAGGCGGUCCUGAAACACCUGGUGUGCUUGUUGCAAAAAAGAAGCUGUUUGUCAAUAGAGUGCCAUCUGGCUGCGGUGGUGGCUCAGUAUUUUUCGUUUCAAGAAAGGACCACCGCUAUCUUCAAGAAAUUGAAAUGAGGGAAGAGGGUGGGACACCAUCAAUUGUUGGGGCUAUCCGAUGUGGUCUUGUGUUCCAGUUAAAAGCAGCAGUAGACCACGAGUUUCUUCUUUCGAGAGAAGAAAAGCUGUGCAGAAAGAUGUGGAGCGCUUGGCAGGACGUUCCAAACCUGAUGGUCUUGGGGAACCAGAAUGUUCGCCGCCUGCCCAUUGUGUCCUUCUUGGUUCGCCACCCUGGCUCUGGCCUCUUCCUGCACCACAAUUUUGUCUGUGCUUUGCUGAAUGAUCUCUAUGGCAUCCAAGCUCGUGGCGGUUGCGCUUGUGCUGGUCCCUAUGCACAGGAUCUGCUGGGCAUUGAUGAAAAGUUGGCCAUUCGCUACGAGGAACUCCUUGCUGAAGACAGCCAACUAGACCGAACUCAUCUGAGACGCUACCUGGAGCAUUCUGAUCGAGAGGUGCUGCGUCCAGGCUUUGUGCGCCUGAACCUGGCUUUCUACAUGCCAGAUGCCCUGGUGGACUUUGUCCUCGAGGCAGUGCGCCAUGUGGCUUGUCAUGGCUGGAAGCUGCUCCCACAAUACAAUUUCAACCCUGAGACUGGCGAGUGGAAACAUUCCAUGCAUCAGGUGUUUAAGGACAGAAAAUGGCUUGGCUCGAUUUCUUACAAAGAAGGGAAGUUUGUGUACAGAGACCUUGAAGGAGAGAGUGAGAGACCUGGCACCGAUACUUCGUGGCAGGAUGUGCUGAAUGAAGCAAGCAUCAUUUUUGGAAACGCUGAUAAAGCUGCUCAUAGAGCCCAGCUCGCUGACCAGCCUUUGAUGUUUGAUGCGGAAGCUGCUGAGCUGCGUUGGUUUAUCCUCCCAAGUGAAGCAAAGCAACUCCUGGAAGGAACACAAGUGCUGCUCAAGGAUCCUCCCUUUGCACCGCCCAAGCCAGGAAUGCGCAAACACUUGGAAAUACAGGCAAAGCUGCAGUGCUUGCCAUCAUGCCGAGUUACCUUGAAGUCUUCUAGCUUGCAAAAUGAGCAGCCUAGUGCCCGGCAGUUUCGUUGGCAUGCUCCUCCAAGGAACAUAUUCAAGCCAUUCUUGAAGGCAGUCAAAGAGUUUGACAUGAUAGCUGACGGAGACAGAAUCCUUGUCUGUUUAUCAGGAGGAAAGGACUCUCUUUCUCUACUUCAUACAUUGCGCCAGUUCCAGUUCAGCUUCAGGAAAAAGGGAAAGAACUUUGAUCUGGGUGCUGUAACAGUUGAUCCUGGAAGCUCACUGUACGAUCCGAGCCCUUUGAAGAAAUAUCUGCAACUAUUAGGAGUCCCAUACUAUUAUGAAGAGCAAUGCAUUGUUGAACAGGCCUCUGCCCUGCCUGAAUGCACCUCCAUUUGCAGCUUCUGUAGCCGCAUGAAGCGUGGUCGUAUCUACGCUUGUGCACGAAGAGAAGGCUACAAUGUGCUUGCACUUGGGCAGCAUUUGGAUGACCUUGCUGAAAGCUUUCUCAUGUCGGUGUUUCACAAUGGCUUUCUCAGAACUAUGAAGGCUAACUACAAGGUUAGAGAGGGUGACCUCCGUGUAACACGGCCUUUUGUCUACGUAAGAGAAAAGAACCUGAGGAAAUUUGCUGAAGAGAAAAAGCUUCCAGUCAUUGCAGAAAAUUGCCCAGCUUGCUUUGAAGCUCCUAAGGAACGACACAGGGUCAAGCAGCUAUUGGCUGCUCAGGAGAUUUUGUUCCCAAAGCUGUACCCAAGUUUGAGAUCUGCCAUGCACCCAUUGAUGGCCAUCAAGCGGACUGGAAUUGAAAGUGCUCUUCACCAGAAUGGCUUUAAUCUCCAAGACACAGAUUCAGAGUGACCGAACGUCACUUUAGCUUUUUAAUUUAUCUCCCGCCAAGAGAUGGAUCUUAUUCAUGCUUUCUUUUUUUUCUCAAAUACUUAUGUAGAUGUGCACCCAAGUACACAAAAAUGAUAGCUUAAUACAAAUAAACAUACUUCAUUUCCACCCUAAAUAAGCAGACUGCUCUGUCUGCUAGGUGUGUGGCCAUUUGUUGGAAUGCGCAUCUAGGGGCAAAUAAGAAGAUUAAAGGAGUCCUCUGUGAA